CAGGAUCCAUAUAAAAACACACGGAAUCCCCCUCAUUCCCGUAUUCAAUCACUUCAACCGGAGAUUUAUCAUAGAAAAGAAGAAACACAUGUUUAUAUUGUAAUAACGCUCAUUUCUCCGGUGAAGUGUGUGUGAUGUCGUGUGUUGUGAUGGUUUGGACUGAAGAUGGCUGCGGCUGGAUCAGCGAUCAGCUGUUAAAUCUGUUAUUUCUCUCAGUGUGUUUGAGUUAUUAUUGUGUUUUUAUUGUGUGUUUGAAGAGUUGUAGUUGUGGAUGAUGUCGGACUCGGAGGAGGAGAUUCAGGAGCGGCAGCUGAAGAUUGUGCUGUUGGGAGACGGAGCGUCUGGAAAGACAUCUCUCGCCACACGUUUUGCACAAGAGGCUUUUGGAAAACAGUAUAAACAGACAAUUGGGCUGGACUUCUUUCUUAAGAGAAUCACCUUGCCAGUAAAUCUAAAUGUGAUGCUGCAGGUUUGGGACAUUGAAGGACAAACCAUUGGAGGAAAGAUGCUUGACAAGUACAUAUACAGAGCACAGGGCGUGCUCCUGGUGUAUGACAUCACUAAUUCUCAGAGUUUUGAGAAUCUUGAAGACUGGCUAAACAUGGUGAGAAAAGCCAAUGAAGAGUCCAACACACAACCUGCCAUAUCACUGAUCGGAAACAAGAUUGAUCUGGAGCACAUGAGGACAGUAAAGAUGGAAAAACAUCAGCGUUUCUGUCAGGAGAACGGACUUAUCAGUCAGUUUGUGUCUGCAAAGACUGGAGACUCAGUGUUUCUGUGUUUUCAAAGACUGGCAGCUGAGAUUUUAGGCAUAAAGCUGAAUAAAGCAGAGAUUGAGCAGUCGCAGCGUAUUGUCAAAGCAGAAUUGGUGGAUUAUCCUCAAGAUGAGGGACCAAUCAGUACGUGGUUAAAGCAGAUAUAGUGAACUACAAUCAGGAGUUGGUGGCUCGAGCCGUCAACCCUCCUCGCAGCUCCAUGUGUAAUAUACAGUGAUCAACAACACGCUCUCUCCAUCUCUGUCUGUCUCGCUCAUGUCUCCAGCUCUAGUGAGUGUCUGUGAUCACAAGUGUUGUGUUCUUAAAGAAGCCUAUCCGAAUACAGAUGGGACACUAAACUCACUCUCAUCCUGAGCGAUACAUGAACAUCAAAUUCAAUCGUUUAGAAAGAGCCAGAUGAAAUGAACACAGAUUCUGAUCUUUCUUUUUUUCCACUUCAUCUGACUAUGAUUUGCCAAUUAGAUAUUGUUCUUUAUGAAAGAGCUUUGAUGUACGAGAGUAGAAUAUAGUUUUACCAGAGCUUUAUUUACUGUGGUAAGUUGAUUGUCACUCUUUAUGAGAAACUGAGAUACAUUGAGAGACAAUCUGCUGUCUGACGGAGGCUGAAGGAUUUGUAUUUGUAAAUGUUGCUGGUCGUGGCUGGAGUUCAUUCGGCUGAGAACAACUCGAGGUCCCACCACUACAGAACUCAUUCACAACGACAGAAGCCUGACUUCCUGAGGUCAGAGGUUACGGCAGAUGUGUGUGUGUGCAUUAUGAGAGAAAGUGCCAUUGAGGAAGGCCAUUCUGAACACAUUUUACAAUAAAUAACAUAGAAAAUCACUUUUAAUACAAGCUUAGUCGACAGCAUUUGUGUCAUAAUGUUGAUACACAAAAAUGUAUUUCGACUCGUCCCUUUUCUUUAAAUGUGUGUUCCAGUGAGACACUUACAAUGGAAGUCAAUGGGGUCAAUCUGUAAACAUUAAAAUACUCACUGUUUCAAAAGUAGACAUAAGACAUAAACAAUAUGUGUGUUAACAUGAUUUUACUGUGAUAAACCCUAAAACGCAUGUAAAAACAAUUAUUUAAACAAGCUGUAAUUAUUUUUUGUACUAAUCAACAUUAUGCCACAAAUGCUUUCGAUUGAGCUUUACUUGUAUUGAACCCGGAAUAUUCCCGGUUAAAGGGACAGUUCACCCGUCAUUGUUUACUCACCUCUGUGUUGUUAUAACUCUAUAUGACUUUCUUUCUUUUUCUGAACACAAAGGGAGAAAUUGUGAAUAAAUGUUGUGCUCAGUGAUGUCAUACAAUGGCAGUUUAUGGUGACCACCUCUUCAAGCUUCAAAAGAACACAAAAGUAUAAUUCAGAAGUCUAAUAAAUUAUUCCAUGAGA